AUGGCAAGUUCCCGUCGAAACGCUCGCAACAGCAAGCGGAAGCCGAGCGGCUCCCACAAGGCCAAGCCAUUGCCAACGGUGGACUUCAGCAUGUCCAUCUCAAGUGUAUCGAGCGAGCCCACGCCCAUUCUCGAGUCGUCUCUUUCCAGUUCCUACCAGAAGCACGUACUGCGUCGUCACCACCAGACUCGAGGCUCUCGACAUCAUGGAGCUUCAGCUAGAGGAGGUCUUAGAGACGACUCGCCUUUCACGCCUCGUCGACCGGUGGGUGCUGUGCCCGAGCUCUUCGUAACUUUCCGUCACGUGUCGCUGGCUGUGGACGUCCCGGUGUCGCCGGCUGCAGCCGCAGCAGCAGCGCAAGCUUCUUCAGGCCAACUGAGUCGCGAGUCUCUGGCUGCCAAGCAACUUCCGACCAUCGCGAACCACAUCCGAGGCAUCGGUGCUGCCCUCACUGCGAACAAGACAUUCGUUCGUCGUCAGAUUUUAAAGAACGUGACGGGGGCUUUCACGCCAGGCUCCAUGACGCUGCUACUCGGACGUUCGGGAUCAGGCAAGUCCGUACUGCUCAAACUUCUGGGUGGGCGACUCAAUGUGACAAGCAAGAGUGUGACUCUGGAUGGCGAAGUCUCGUACAACGGUCUGUCUCGUGAUGAACUCAAGGCGCAACUGCCUCAGUGCGUAUCCUUCGUGCCGCAACAAGACACACAUCUGCCCGUGAUGACUGUGAAGGAGACGCUGGACUUCGCAUUCGAGUGCUGCGCUAUUAACCCCGAUGCGAAACCUGUCGGUGCCGUGUACAAGUCCCCAGCUUCAGAAUAUCCACUGGCGCUUCCUGCCACUUAUCUCGGCGGUGAACGAGACCCCGUGACCGUAACGCGAGAACUCGGUUUGACACGCUGCCAAGGCACCAUCGUGGGUGACGAGCGCAUUCGUGGCGUCUCUGGAGGUGAGAAGAAGCGUGUGACGACCGGAGAAAUGGCGUUCGGUCCGCAUGCAGUGUCGCUGAUGGACGAGAUCACGACGGGGCUUGACAGUUCAGCAGCUUUCGACAUUGUGAAUGCUCAGCGCCGUUUGGCGAGGCAACAGCGACAGACCGUGGUGAUCUCACUGCAACAACCUGCGCCUGAAGUACUGGCGCUCUUUGACAACGUCCUGCUACUGGCGGACGGUGAAGUGCUCUAUCACGGACCUCGAGCUCAUGUCCAGACAUACUUUGAGGCUCUGGGCUUCGUUUGUCCUCCAGGUCGAGACCUCGCUGACUUCCUGUGUGACUUGGCGUCUCCACAGCAGAUUCAGUACGAGAAAUCCCAUGCUCCGAUGCCUGGAAGACGUCGCCAUCCUCGCAGUGCCAAUGAGUUUGCAGACUUGUGGAUCAUGUCGCCCAUGUACGAAGCGAUGGUGGAGGAGCUGGAUCAUCUGGACAAUGACACGGAAGCAUACAGCCAGACGCACAGUAGAAAUGGCGAGAGAGGACUCUUCUUCGAUCAAGAAGCGCUGCUACGAGUUCCAGCGUUCCGGCAGAGUUAUCUGCGUAGCACGUGGACAGUGGUGAAGCGCCAGAUGCGGCUGUUUGCACGCAACAAGGUUUUCUUCGUGGGGCGAUUACUACUGGAUCUGCUUGUCGGGUUGAUGGUGGGGUCAGUCUACUACGGCAUCGAUCUUGCUGACUCACAGGUGACGUUGGGUGUGAUCUUCUCGUGUGCGCUUUUCCUUGGCCUUGGCCAGUCGGCGACGUUGGCUCCGUUCUUCGAUGCACGAGAAGUGUUCUACAAACACCGUGGAGCCAACUUCUACCGCACUUCCAGCUACGUGCUAGCGACGUGUCUUAGUCAGAUUCCGCUUGCGAUCACUGAGACGCUGGUUUUCGGCUCUCUGGUCUACUGGAUGGGCGGAUUCAUCGCAACAGCAGAGCAGUUCGUGGUAUUUGUGUUGUACAUGCUGUUGACAGUGCUGGUCUUUGUGGGCGAGUACUUCUUCCUGUCCACGGCGUGCUCAACUUUACAUGUGGCCCAACCAGCGUCCACCUUGGCUCUACUGUUCUUCAUCCUCUUCGCCGGCUUUGCUGUCUCUCGUGAGCAACUUCCUUCGGCCUUACGCUGGAUUUACUGGAGCAACCCUCUCGCUUGGACAACGCGUGGCGUUAUGGUGAGUCAGUAUCGCAGCAGUGAGUUGGAUGUCUGUGAAUACGGAGGAAUCGACUACUGCAAGACGUACGGCGGUCAGACAUUAGGCGAGUACUCUCUCGGGUUGUACGACGUUCCUGACGAUCCCAAGUGGGUAGUGCUCGGUAUUGUGUUUCUCGCGUCCAUGUACGUCGUCAGCAUGUUCUUAUCGUUCGUCAUGCUGGAAUAUCACUGUCACGAGUCCUCUUCAGUACUGCCUCCAUCGUUGCCAGCUUCUUUCUCGAAUACAGCUAUCCCAACGCCGAGACAACCGAAGGAAUCUUACGCCAUGUUAUCCACGCCGCAUGGAGAUGCUGACGAGUUGCUGGAGAGCGACAUUACCGGGUUUCCUGGCGAUCGCAAUGGCAUUGCUGUGUUGGGUGGAGACGACGACAUAAACGAAUCCUUUUUCGCCUCUCAGGGACUUCGUACUAACACAGAGGAGAUUAUGGUACGCUUGACACCUCGGUGGGACGUCCCGCCUGUCACUCUUGCUUUCCAGGAUCUACGAUACAGCAUCACAGUCCCUGCAGAUGCUGUAGCGGAUCCUGCUGGAGCCCCGGGUCGUCCUGUGGCAGUGGAUUCUCGUGACAAUGCUGGCAAGACCAAGGAAACUGUGACUCGAGAGCUACUGAAGGGCGUCACUGGCUACGCUGUACCCGGCACGAUGACGGCACUCAUGGGCUCAACUGGAGCUGGGAAAACGACUCUCAUGGACGUGCUCGCUGGUCGCAAAAGCGGGAAACCAGGCAGCAACAAGAAGAAGAAGAAUGGGGCACCUACGCUUCGAGGACGAGUGUUGCUGAAUGGCGUGGAUGCUACAGAACUUGCUGUGCGCCGAUGUACUGGUUACUGCGAGCAGACAGAUGUGCACUCUGACGCAUCGACAUUCCGGGAGGCGUUGCAGUUUUCGGCGUAUCUCCGUCAAGGCGACCGAGUGGCACCUGAACGAGUCGAAGAGAUUGUCGAUGAAUGUCUCGAUCUACUCGGACUGAGCGACGUAGCUGGUCAACUCAUUCGUGGCAGUUCGAGUGAGCAACUCAAGCGCUUGACUCUAGGAGUGGAGCUCGCAGCUCAGCCCAGUGUGCUGUUCCUGGAUGAACCUACCAGUGGUCUGGACGCCCGUGCAGCAAAAGCGCUUAUGGAUGGCGUACGCAAGGUGGCGGACUCUGGCCGUACAGUGAUCUGUACCAUUCACCAGCCUUCUACCGAAGUAUUCCUGCUUUUCGACACUCUCUUACUUCUGCAGCGCGGUGGGGAGACGGUGUACUUUGGUGAAUUGGGACGCAAUUGUGAAACGCUAGUCAAUUAUUUCCAAGGACUCGGACUGCCACGCAAUACGCCAGCCUUCAAGCCCGGAGAUAACCCAGCCACGUGGAUGUUGGAUGUGAUUGGUGCUGCGACGAAGAACCCUCGACUCCAACACCUGGAUGCCUCUUUGAACUCCUCGGUAAGCUCGGAGUACUCACGCCAACAUCGCGACGAGGCUUUUGACUUUGUAGCAGCCUACAGGUCCAGUCGGCUUAAGCAACGACUGGAUGCUAAGAGAGCUGUGCCUGGAGUGUUCAUGCCCUCUGAUCGUCUGCCGCCUGUGACGUUCGCUCAGCGUCGCGCUGCGAGCGAUGGACUGCAGUUCACCAUGCUCAUGCGUCGGUUCCUCCGACUGUAUUGGCGCUCUCCAUUCUACACGUUUACUCGAAUGGUGACUGCGCUGACUCUGGGCUUGAUGUUUGGACUCGUGUACUCGGGCAGCAAUGACUUCACCUCGUACCAAGGAGCUAACGGUGCAGUAGGACUGAUCUUCUUCUCGACCUGCUUUUUAGGCGUCGGGGCCUACAUCCACGUGCUGCCCGUGGCCUUCGAGGAACGGGGGCCUUACUAUCGUGAACGCGCGUCCGAGACGUACAGUGCCCUGUGGUAUUUUGUGGCUUCCUCCGUCGUGGAGAUUCCCUAUGCUGCUGUAGCUUCCAUGAUCUUUGUGAGUGUCUUCUACCCGAUGGCAGGUUUCUCUGCUUAUGGCGACUUCGCUCAGGUUGUGGUGUACUGGCUGGUCUUGACAAUGCACAUCUUGUUCCAGACGUUCUUCGGCCAGUUCUUCACGUUCGCCAUGCCCAGCAUCGAGCUCGCUGCCGUGUGGGGUGCACUCUUCGACUCGAUCUUCCUCAUGUUCAUGGGUUACAACCCGCCGGCGGCGAGUAUUCCAGAUGGAUACAAGUGGUUAUUCCAGCUCGUGCCGCAUCGCUACACGUUCGAAGUGCUCACGGCGCUCGUGCUGGGAGACUGUCCGGACGAACAGCUACGGCAGAUCGCAGACGCUUCUGCCACUAACACCACGAUCGACGUCUCGGACUGGCCACUCGGCUGUCAGCCGCUCACAGAAGCACCGCCCGCCGUCGCCAACAUCUCUCUGACCUCGUACAUCGAUCAAGUGUUUGCCGCGCGUCGUGAGGACACUACUCGCUCGGUCGCUGUUGUAGUGGGUCUUAUUCUACUGAUGCGACUGGCUACGCUGAUCGUCAUGCGCGUCGUCAACCACCAGAAACGCUGA